GGAGUGACUUUCUUUUAAAAAUAGUACACUUCAUCACAGCAGCAACCGGUACAGCGGCAGCAGCGGCCGCUUACGGAGGGUGUCAAGCAUGCUUCGCUACGGAAAUAAAUAACGGGACCGGGACGGUGUUAUUUUAACCAAAAAAAGAAGAGGAAACACAGCGAAAAGAGGAAGCGGAUAUUUCACAAGCGAAGAUUAAGUCCUCACGUUUCAGUGUUGAUGUUGGUAUUUGGCCACGAAUACCUGCCGAAAACAGUCCCGACGUCCUUUAUUGAGGCUCCUCUGUCCUGUGUGACCCCCUGACACAGAGAGGAUGGUGAUGGAGGAGGGGGGGCAGAGAGACAGAGGGAGGGGGACUACAGUGACAGCAGAAACAGAGGGGAGACAGAUCUUCACAGAGCUUGCGGAGCAGAACUUGGAUGCCAUUUGUCUCUCUACAUAUCGAACAGCCUGCAAGCUCAGAUUCAUACAGAAGAGAUGCAACUUGCAUCUGAUAGACAUAUACAAUGUGAUUGAGGCAGUGCGGGACGCCGGUCUGAACGCUGUAGAGCUGAACGCCGGCAUCUCUGUGACAAGACUGGAAAACUUGGUGUCCUCCCUUUUCAACCAGCUGAGCAAGCGCCUGCCCACCACACACACCAUCAACCCGCGAGAGAGCACCGUCCUGUUGGUCGAAUUCCUACUGGCCGCCAUUGACAGUGAGCCUGACAGUCGUCUGACGGUGCUCUCUGUGAAAUCGAUGCUGUCCACACUGUGUGGAGGGAAACUGGUAGAUAAGCUCCGCUAUGUGUUUUCUCAGGUAUCUGACCCUGGUGGCGUGUUGGUACAAUCCAAGUUUGAUGCUUUUCUGAGGGAGGCUCUCAAGCUGCCCACCGCUGUGCAUGAAGGACCGUCCUUUGGCUACACACACACCUUAGCACGCUCAUGCUUCCCACAACAGAAGAGGGUAAUGCUCAACAUGUUCCUGGACAUCAUAGCUGACCCUCCUCAGUGUCUUGUCUGGCUGCCUCUCAUGCAUCGCAUGGCCAACGUUGAGCACGUCUGUCAUCCCGUGUCAUGCUCCUACUGUCGUGGCAACGGCAUGACAGGCUUCCGCUAUCGCUGCCUCCGUUGCCGUGGUUACCAGCUCUGCCAGAACUGCUUCUGGCGCGGCAAUGCCAGCGGCUCUCAUAGCAACCAGCAUCAGAUGAAGGAGCACUCAUCGUGGAAGUCGCCGGCGUCAAAGCUUGGCCGAGCCCUGGGCAGGACUCUGGGCUGUGUGUCAUCCAGAGAGCCCCCUCAUCCUAUUUUCCCAGAGGAACCUGUGAGGACCCUCAACCUCUCCAACAUAGUCCCCCCUCGCUCCAUUGGGAACACCAGUGAGGCCAUGAUGCUGUCCUCAUCAGUGCCCGAGUCCUCCAAGAGUUUGUCAGCCGCUCAGCGUAUGAACGAGGAACACGCUCUGAUCGCUGCGUAUGUGAAUCGCCUCCAGACCAGCCCAAGCAGCGUGGACAGUCCCAGAAGAGAAGAUGAGGAGCACAAACUGAUCGCCCGCUACACCUCCCGACUGGCAGAGACUGACGGCACACCGGUGAUACCUAACCGGAGUAUCAACUUUGAUGUGAACAAACAGAAGAGGGAGCUCAUUGCUCAGCUGGAGUGUAAAAACAGAGAGAUCUUGGCAGAGAUCAAACGUCUCCGCGUAGAGCACGACGCAGCGUGCCAGGCCAGCCCAGAGAAAGGCAGCACCAACCCGACUCUGCUGGCCGAGCUUCGUCUGCUCAGACAAAGGAAAGAUGAGCUGGAGCAGAGGAUGUCAUCUCUGCAAGAGAGCAGGAGGGAACUGAUGGUGCAACUGGAGGGACUGAUGAAGCUGCUCAAGGAUGAGGAACAGCGACAGGCAGCGCAGGCGGCCGGCUCUUCUCACGCCUCUCCUGCUCGACCGAGCCCAUCAGCCGUCCGCUCUGUAGGCGCUUCACCUCCCCUGGCUCACAUGUACUCUCCUCAAGAUUCACUCGCCGGGGUGGGUGGUGACGUGCAAGAGGCAUUCGCCCAAGGUCCGAGAAGGAACCUGAGGAAUGACCUUCUGGUAGCAGCUGACUCCAUCACCAACACUGUGUCCUCACUGGUCAAAGAGCUCCACUCUGAUGAUGUUCGGGAGGAAGAGGAAAGAUUGCUGAACGGGAAGGACAGAGCAGGUUAAAAUGAUCGCAGGACAAACAAAAACAGCAGAGUGAUGUUUCAUCACGGCCAAAGAAGACUGACCCUGCUGGGAUUCAAAUAUAACUUCUUGUAUUCAUCGUUAGCCGGUGGGCAUUAGAGCUCCACUGCCAAUCAACCAAUCACGAUGCUGGACACCAAACGACCACUGGGUCCCUACUGAUGUAUAGCUGUGAUUCUCUGUGUGUGCGUGUCUUGUCACUGUGGAUUUUUGUUUUUGAUUUGAUUAUGCAUAGCUAAACGAGGAAUCUGAAACCUACUGAUUUGUACUGUAGCGCGUGUGUGUGUGCGCUCUGUGUUUUCGAGGGUCGCGUAAGUGAGAGGGGCACCGUGAAGAGACAGAAAGAUGUGUUUAGGAAAUUUGUGAAGGAUAAAAAGCGGAGGAAAGUGUCAUGAUGGAGAUACAGCAUGUAACAAGUGGAAAAAAACAAUAGGAAGUCAAAAAGACGAAAAGUGAGUUGUAAUGUUUUAAGUUUCAGCACUGUGUGCUUAGUAUUUAUUGCUUUGAUUUGAGUUUUGACAUUUACUCAUUCGGUUUAAGUGUUUAUGUGUAUGUGAGUGUGGUCCGGCCCUGCUGAGACGAUAAGCUUUAAUGGGACUUUUCCUGCUGUAUCAAGCCCAGCCCAGUGCAGGGUGGGAAGCUGAAGUCCCAGUCCUGGUCCAGGUGUCUGAGACCUGGAACAGAUUAGUGCCAGGGGUGCUGGUAUGAUCGCGCAGCUCAGGUUGUCCAGGCCUCUCUGUGUGUCUCGGUACUGCAGUGGGACUACAGUCAAAGAGGAGAUAUCUGAUUACUGUGUGUGUGUGCGUGUGUGUGUGUGUAAGUGUGUGAGUGAGAGAGAGAAUAUAAAACCAGUUGCUUCAGUGUAGCAACAGAGUAGCAAAGUGGGUGGAGAAAUGGGCUCUGGAAGUGUUUAACCCCGUAACAAAUGUUCUUUUUAAAGACACUCAGUGUUUCCCAACCUGAGUGUGAGGC